AUGAACAUCGUCGGGGGCACCUCUCAGCAGAAGAAGGGCGCCACCAGCUUAUUCGGUCCUCGGCAGACCCCAGCAGCGAAUUCCCCUUCAAAGCAAGGAUCGGGUAGAUUUUGUAGGGGACUUAACAGCUGCAUGUGUAUGGGCUCUAUUGUCUCCACAAACAAAUCUCCCCACCACGGCCACCACCAGUUAAUUUCCAAAUUGGUGCAGCAGGUAGCCGAUUUGGAAAAGGAGGUCGAAAAUCAGAAAGAAUAUCGGCUCAUGUACAGGAAAAGAUUGGAAAGAACACAAGACUAUCUAAGGUGCUGUCUCCAAAUAGCACAAGAAAAUGGAUUCUUGGACCUCAUCAUUAACGAGAAAGAUGAUGGACAGCAAAGUUAUCUUCUUCACUCCAACAUUGUUAAUGCUACCAGCCCUGUAGUGCCAACUCUGCUCCACCAACAUUCUGACUUCGCAGCCAUCGUUGAUCAAGCCAAGCUCAAUGGAUGGCACAUCCAUCCACAUCAGGUUGAAUUGCAAGAAAAGCUAGGCCACGGAAGUACCGCAGAUAUAUACAGAGGAACGUGGCGUGGCCUUGAAGUUGCGGUGAAAUGCAUUUACCCUGAUUAUUUUCACUCAAAUGUGAAUGGUGUCUCAUUUUUCGCUCAAGAGGUGGAUACCUUAUCUCGGCAGCGACAUCCGUUUGUGCUCCACCUACUGGGCGCGUGCCUUGAGCCGCCAAAUAAUGGGUGGGUGGUGACAGAGUUGUUGAGCACGACACUCAAGGACUGGCUUCAUGGACCAGGAAAGAGACAGAAAGAGAGGACAGUGCCGUUUCCGCCAAUCGAAGAGAGGCUAGGUGGGGCGGUGGAGAUCGCUCAAGCAAUGCAGUAUCUGCAUGAACAGAAGCCCAAGGUCAUUCACCGCGACCUCAAGCCCAGUAACAUUUUCUUGGAUGAUUGCAACCACGUGAGGGUGGCGGAUUUUGGUAAUGCCCGUUUCUUGCCUGAUCAACGGAUGGCGCUCACCGGUGAAACAGGAACACUUGUGUACAUGGCACCAGAAGUAAUCAGAUGUGAGCCCUAUGAUGAAAAAUGCGACGUAUACAGUUUUGGUGUUAUACUUAAUGAGAUCAUUACUGGGGAAUAUCCAUAUAUUGAGACAGAUUACAGUCCCAUACAGAUUGCCAUGGAAGUUGGAGAGGGUAACCUAAGGCCCAAGCUUCCUGAGGACGAUGGUAAACUUGGAGGGCUCAUUGACCUCAUCUGCCUUUCAUGGGAUAAGGAUGCUAAUAAUAGACCAUCCUUCGCAACAAUUACUUGUAAUCUGAGGAAAAUUCAAAAGAGUUUGGUAGAAACUGAUUAG